UUUUUUUUUUUAGGUGUCUUCAUAAAAUGCCCGCCGAGAGCCUCCCCUCCCCUUCCCCCCCCCCGCUCCAAGAUGGCGUCGAUGCGGGAGAGCGACACCGGCCUGUGGCUGCACAACAAGCUGGGCUCGGCGGACGAGCUGUGGGCGCCGCCCAGCAUCGCCUCGCUGCUGACGGCCUCGGUGGUGGACAACAUCCGCCUCUGCUUCCACGGCCUCUCGUCGCCCGUCAAGCUCAAGCUCCUGCUGGGGAUGCUGCACCUGCCUCGCCGCGCGGUGGACGAGAUGAAAAAUGCACUGACAGAAAUCAUCCAGCUUGCGACCUUGGAUCCGGACCCCUGGGUCUUAAUGGUGGCCGAUAUCUUGAAAUCCUUUCCCGAUAUAGGUUCCCUGAACCUUGAUCUGGAAGAGCAGAAUCCCAAUGUUCAGGAUAUUUUAGGAGAACUGCGAGAAAAAGUGAGUGAAUGUGAAUCGUCAGCUAUGCUGCCGCUGGAGUGCCAGUACUUAAAUAAGAAUGCCUUGACCACAUUGGCUGGACCACUUACUCCUCCGGUGAAGCACUUCCAGCUGAAACGUAAACCAAAAAGCGCUACUCUCCGAGCAGAGCUGCUGCAGAAGUCUACUGAAACUGCACAGCAGCUCAAGAAGACAGCUGGAGUGCCUUUCCAUGCCAAAGGAAGAGGGCUAGUCAAAAAGAUCGAUACAACAACUCCACUCAAAGGGAUACCUAAACAAGCACCUUUCAGGAAUCCCACUACUCCAAGUGUAUUCAGUCCUGCUGGAAACAGAACUCCGAUUCCACCCUCGAGAACUCCUCUGCGCAAAGAGCGAGGAGUAAAGUUACUCGACAUCUCAGAGCUGGAUACGGUUGGUGCUGGCCGGGAAGCCAAAAGGAGAAGAAAGACCUUAGAUACAGAAGUGGUGGAAAAGCAAGCGAAAGAAGAGACAGUCGUCGAAAAUGCUACUCCAGACUAUGCUGCUGGUCUCGUAUCUACUCAGAAAAUUGCCUCUUUGAACAAUGACCCUGCCCUGGCUUCUACGAGCUAUCUGCCUGCAGCACUCAGUGUCGUUCCAUCUUCCUCUUAUGUUCCAAGUUCCGACACCACGCAGCCCGCUGGCUCUGUCCGGGAACCCUUGCAAGCAAAAGAAGAGCCUGCGACGCCCCCUGGCACUGCUGUCCCGACUCAGUUUAAGCAAAGGACACCUAUGUAUAACAGUAACGCAAACACAGCUGCAGCGACGCCUACCUCUCCUGUGACUCCUCCCGCCGCCCCUCCAGCCGUGCAGGCGCCACCGGCAGCUCCUCCUCAGCAAGCGCCGCCCAAGAAGAACCUCUCUCUAACAAAGGAACAAAUGUAUGCAGCGCAAGAAAUGUUCAAGACCGCAAACAAAGUCACAAGGCCAGAGAAGGCUCUCAUCCUUGGGUUCAUGGCUGGAUCCAGAGAAAACCCUUGUCAAGAACAGGGCGACAUAAUUCAGAUCAAACUGAGCGAACACACGGAACUGCUGCCAAAGGCUGACGGCACAGGAAGCACCACGAUGCUGGUGGACACGGUUUUUGAAAUGAACUACGCCACUGGCCAGUGGACCAGACUGAAGAAAUACAAACCAAUAACUAACGUUUCUUAAACAAUUCGGUAAUAAAGUGUAGACCAAACAGACCAUAGAAUAAGCCAGCAUUGUACAUAGUGUGUUGACUAGGCAGAACAACAUUCCCGUUUAGGCCUCAUUGUAAACCACCCAGAAUACUCGUGGCGAUCAGUUCCGGAAGCAGGAAGAAAAAGAGCAGAACGGCAAUGCUUGUCUUUAUUAUUCUUGUCUAAGAGUCCCGGUGUGUGUGUGUGUGUGUGUGUGUGCGUGCUUGUGCAGCGAUUGCAGCAGAUUGAAGAAGAGCUGAAAUGCUUCUACCUUUUACAGAAAGAUUUAUGUUCAAAUGUCUUGAGAGGAAUUGCCUUCCAGUUGAGACCAUUUUUUGCAGCAGCGAUGCCUAGUUUGACUCUAGGUUCUGCGUUUAAAAUGGGCAUGGCUGCAUUUCUCUCCUUCGGCUUAGGGCGUGUUGGAUGCCCCCCCCAAUAGUGAUUGUGAAAACAUGAAGGGUAACGCUGUUUGUUUGUUUGUGUAAAGCCCAACAACACAGUCGAUUCAUAGAACUGCAUAAUGGCAGAUACAUCAACUUACAUGCAUCUGUCCUGUAAACGGGCUACCUUUUUUUACAUGUGUACAUUUAAAAAAAUGUAAAGUAGCACUAAAGACCAAAAGGUUUAAGGGGUUUGUUUUGGUCUGGAUGGCACCUCAUUUCUUCUGUGUGGAAAUGCAGGACUCUUGAUUUGCCCUCGGCUCUUUAAAGGUUCAGCUCUGCUUCAGGGUCACUUAACUAAGUUCUGAGAAAUGGAAGCAUGUUACUUUUAUGUUGGAACCAGCCCUUCUUCCCUCCUUUUUUUUUUUUUUUUUUGCCCAGCUGGUACCUUUUGAAUCUACCAAAGACUGGCCUUUGAAACAGUGUCUGUGAAUGUCAUGGCGUGAAGUUACUUUGGAACAGCAUCCCUGUGUCCAUGUUGGAAUGUGUUAAAUACGAGUCAUAUUGGCAAUUGGCUGGCUCACCCCUGAUUUUUCCAGGGUUAAUUUAGCUACCGUUGCUGGAGAUGCAUUUGUCAAGGAAUGGCAUCCUUCGGAAUUUCCCUCCCCAUCCACACGGACGUUACCUGCAGCUUCGCGAGAUUGGAGAGCACCUUUUAGCAGCGGUCCUGUUGCAAAAGACUCUCUUCUCAGAGGGAGAAACGGAGGAGACUGCCUUCGGAGCAGUUUCCUAACUGCUAUGCUUUCGGAACUUGAUCAUUUCAACAGUUUAAUGCUUGGACGAUAAUAGAAGGAAUCUUACAACUGGCAUUUCCACAAGAAAUGGUGGGUGCAGUUUUUUAAAAAAAUUAAUAAAGCCGAUGUCAAAGAGAGGCACAGAUCAUUCGCAAUUUAAGAGCUUUGUGUUAGCCCGGGCUUUAAAUUGGAGCAAACUAGAUGCUAGCUUUUAAGCCAGGCUUAUAUUGGCAUUUAUCAAACUGCACCUGAUCAGAGAAUCCACUUAAGAGAAUCUAAAGCUAGGAAAAGAGACUAAGUCUUAUUUUACAUUAUAUCCUGAUGUAACCAAGCUGUGUCUCUGGUCUUUGGUUUGAUGUUACUUGCCCCAAAGAACUUGGAGGGUGGGAAUGAGUAUUGACAACAGAAUAACCUUUGUUCUGGGAGGGGGGAAAAAUUGCUCCUCAGCCAAACGAUUAUUAGGGAUCAGUAGCAAAUGUAAGGUUUCAGAAAGGGUUCCAGAUAAAGGUCAGAUAUUUAUUUAAUUUUGCAAAACAGCUAAAGCUAGACUAUGAAGUAAUACGGAUUAAAAACAGGAUGGUGGGCGUUUUUUUGGCCAUUUGUUUUGGUUUCACAGAAAACCCCCCGAAACAUAACUAUCAGUUUGGAUAGCCUUUAAUUCAGAAUCUUAUAGAUUUUAUAUUCUUGAAAUUAGAAGCUACGAAAAGGUUAGUAUGUUGAGUGUUUUAAAAUGGCAGCUGGCAAGAUGUAAGAGACCUGAGCUUCAUUCUUGUUCUCUCACAUCUAAAUUUCAGCUAUGAUAGGAAGGCCAAGUGUUUAGGACAUAAGAUUUUUUUAAAAAGUUUAGCAGCUAUCACAAACGAUGUGAUUGUUUUUAAAACGUUAAUUAUUUUGACAUGUUUAUCUUGUUCCUUUUUUUUUUUUGGUCAGUUUUGAGUAUGGCAUGAAUGUUAAUGGCAAAUUAUUCAGAUGGAAAUGUUUAAAACAUAAGCUACAAGUUGCAGGUUUAAUCUUGUAAAGAUUAAAAUGAUAUAAACCAAUGGAUCAAAAGUUCUGCAUGCCAUGAUAAUUAAACAUUGAGAAUGUGAUCAGACAGUUCUAGAAGUGAGGAUAAAGAAAGCAUUUGAAUGUCUCUGAAUAUUUUUGAAAUAACAGUACAGAUGUUUGAAAUACAGAUGUGCUUGCCAGGGCAGACAAUGAAUAACAGUAAGCAAAGCACACACUAGUUUCAACACGAUAGCAUAUUGUAUUAGCCACAAUAUGCCACACAUCUUGGCAAAUGGAAGUUUGCAUUCCCUUUUCUGUUUAGUUCAUUUAGUGGGUACAAAAAUGCUGGUGAUGUUUAAAUUUGCAGGAAGGAAGCUAGAUGAGAAACUACAGAUGGUAAACACCACCAGUUGAGGUGCUGUAAGAGGCAAUAUGCUCUGUAAAGAGAUUUUUUGCGUGAAACCUCCCAUCUUUUGUAACCUGUUGACAUACGUAGCCAAAGCUGAACAGUUUGUUUCGUGGUAGGAGGAAGCCAAUACAUGUUACAAUUUGAAAGUAGGGGUGUCUCCAGAGGGUCAAGAACAUGCUUUUUACAUGUGAUAACCAUUCCCACUUCUUUUUUGUCGCCCAUCAUUAACGUGGGAGGACUUCUCGGCGGUUUCAAAAUAAUAUAUGAACCCUCUCAUUAGGGAGAGAAAUUGCUAAGUCUCUACAAAGGGGGAGAUCUACAACUGGCGAAUACAAUCUAAAAUGUGCGACCCAGUUGUGAUGUGACGAAGAUCACCGCUGCCAGACAUAGCAAGACAAAGAGGCCAUUCCUUUCAUCGCUGGCGAGAUCGUUCUGCUCAUCCAUCCAGGAUCUUCAGUCUGAGUGAUGAAAGAAGCCAGACGCGAAUGGCUGUCACAAAAUUUCAGUUUCUUUUUGCCCAGCCAUCAAGAGCAAUUGAAACCCACCGGUUCCGUUGACAAAGCUUGAACGCAGACCUUAACCCUAAAAGGUUAACUACACUUUGAAAAAUUCAGCUUUGGCUCUUGCCUUUGGUAACCACACAACUCUUUCCCCCACGGAUCAUGUUGAAGUGACACUUGCCAAACUUAUCGAAGGUACUUUGAUACUGUAGCUUGGAACUGCAUUUUCACAGCAAAAUCUGAAAUCGGGAGAAAUGUUUUAAGACCAGGCAAAAGUUUUAAGUCGGAGCCCUCUGGGAAACUGGUACCUUUAUAACAAGCAAUGUUUUGUAAAAUGUUGCAUGUUUUCUAAUCUAUUUUGUGUUUGUACAGAUGUAAAUUCAAAACCUCAUGUCCUUGGGUACAUAUUUUCAGCAUAAUAUAGUAUGUAUAAUAAAGUUCAGAUUUUUCUAAAUAA